AUGUCUCGUGCACUGUGCAGUUCAGGUGCACGUGAGCGAGGGCGAGCGCCGCAUUCCUCAAAGAACACUCUAGAAAAAACCGUUGGACUCGACGUCAAUCAAAACCAGGACGACGACGACGAACACAUUUCUAAAAAGAAACGGAAGAUAUCUUUCGAGGUUAUGACAGACUUCACAGGUUGGACUUCUGUCCAAGUUUGCCAGUGGUUGAAAGAUAUUGACUUGGGGGAAUUCUGUGAAACUUUUGAGGAACAUGAGAUAGAUGGAGCCACUCUUGCUGUUAUCUCAGAGAGGAUGUCUGAGAGGCUCUUUCCGGUCAUUCGCAAACAGAGUCUGUUUCUGACCCAGUUGGAGAAACUUAAAAGCACACCAAUGAGCAGAGAGAACCCUCCAAGAAACAUUGAUAACUCCAGCCAAGCACAGUCCGGUCCAGAUACCUCUUUAGUUUUUCCAACAGUGCUGAGGAUGGCCAUAGACAGAAGAGAUUCUGAUCUGAAGAGUGCAAGUAAAACAAAACUACGGAGUCUACUGAUCCAGUCUCUUUUUGACCACCUCAGUAAGAAAACAAUGUACCCAACUCAUCUUCAAUACAUUGAGCUUCUGUCAAAUGUGAUAAUGGAUUACCCAUAUCUAAGGGAAAGUAUUGGGUCUGGAUAUGAUGCCCUGCUUGAAUCACUCAGAAAUAAGUUUAAGAAGGAAAGGCAGCCUCUUGUUGCCAACAAUGAAAUACAGCGACUGAAAGAGAGAUGGGCAAGAAGGAAGCGACCUCUUCAGACAGCGGAAGCUUAUCCAAGUACCAUGGUUGAUGCAGGAGAAGAUGAAAGAAGCAUCAGGGAACAUCUCGAGUAA